GGGAGUGAGCGGGGAGAAGAGAACGGAGUGUGUGUGAGGAGUUGAUAUCACGGGUUUAGGGAGGGAUACAGUACUGUACAGUUGUCAGAGGGAGGAUUCGGAUUUCCGGUUAGCGGAACAGCAUGAUCUUAACCGCGGGUAGUGCCUCUUCAACCGAGGUGAUCUCACCGACGACUGUGGAUUGACAGACAGGCGCACAGAGAAACACACCGAGGACACAUUUACCUCAGAAAGAGUGUGAGGGUUUGUUUGUGUGUUGGUGUAACCACAUGAGCUCAUUGCUUGCCCAUGUGUCCUGACUGGGUUCGACUUCUCUGCCCGUGAUAACAUCCAAACGGCUCCUCUCCAUCUCUCCAUCCUCUCUUUCUCCCUGCAGAGGGAUGGGCUGCAGGCUUCCUAAGCUGCGGAGGACUGGGGAGGAGAAGAGUCCCGGGAAGAUCUACUCAACCCUCCGACGACCGCAGGUGGAGACCAAGGUGGGCGUGGCCUACACCUACCACUUUCUGGAUUUCCUGCUGGGGAAGGAAGAGGUGUCUGUGUCCUCAGUACUGUGUCUGUCGUCAGUGAGAGAAUUACCAGUCCAGGUGAGGGAGCUGUAUGGUCAGGGCUUCGUCCUGGUGGCUGUCCAUCCCUUUGUCCACCCUUGUGGCCCCAGGCCUGCACGCAUCCAACGCCAGCUACACAGAGCUGUCCUCAUCAGAGAGACACACAGUUCAGAGAACGAGCUGAAGUGGGCGGGGCUUCGCCUGGAGACAGACGUGUGUGUGGCGGGUCAACAGGCCCCUGACCCAGAAGUCAUCCAGAACUAUGUGAAGAAGAUCCAGGACAUGGCGGAGCAAGGUAUGCUGUUUGUGGGCUUCCUGCAGCAGCCUGGCGGGGGACCCUGUUUCCUUGGGCACUUGGACCCUGAGGACCUGUCCUCCCUGCACUCCAGCCCCUCCCCCAUACACAGACACCCCACCAGUCCCUCAGAACCCAUGAUACUGGAUCCCAGCACUACAGACUCUGCAGAACCCCACCAGAACCUCCUAGAACCAGAACACAACCGAAACACAGAAGUGAAAACACCAGAACACAAGUCGGUUGAACUCAGAACAAUUGAGCAGAACCCUACAGAUACCAGUCUGGUGGAGCUGGACUUGAGCUCCACAGGACCGCUAGAUCUCACACAGGACUCUACUCCAAUAGAAUCAUCAAACAGAGAACACGACCACAGUCCAGGCAAAAUAGCCUCAAUAGAAGACCAACCAAACCGCUGUCCAGAUGAACCAGCAGACUCAUCAGAGAGACCCAGCCAAAGAGAUCCAGCUAGUGACCAACAGAACCACAACCACGCCCCAACAGAACUCCCUGGUGACCAGGAUCAACUACAGUCUGACAACACAAUAGAGACCACAUGUAUAGAGAGACAACAGAAUGAAAGCCAAGCAGACUUCCUCAGGAUUCUACUACCCAACUUCAGCCCAACAGAGUUAACACAUGGACUUGGUGGUCCAGACGCAGACAGACAGUGCCAGGGAGACAGACUGAGUCUAAGCCCUCAGACACAGAACCGCAACCAGAGACUGGAAAUAGACCACGGCUCAGACAACCUGGUCCGGUCACCAGAACUAGACAACGGUGACCACGGGUCAGAGUCCGGGGCUGAGAGGGGGUAUAACCGUAGAAACGAGGGCACGGGCGGUGACCCGGGUGAGCAUCUGAGGAGCAGCAGAGUUCCGACCCACAACAACAACAAUCACAUCCGGGUCAAGAGUCCAGACAGAGAAAAGAGGGCUGUCGGGUCUCCACCAGCACAGAGCAGGGUGCAGCUGUUUGCCCUAUACAACCACACGGGGGAGCUGUCCAGCUCUCUGAGGUUCUACUCCCUCAGGGUUCCGCUGCAGCUGCAGAGAGAGGCAGGGCUAGUGACUGAGGUUGACGCCCACUGGCUGGAUCACAUGACCCAGCAUUUCACCAGCGGAGCUCACCUCAUUGACGGCUUCUUUCACCUUGGAGACGACAAUGACAGCGGGGUCUCCUCUGUGGACAGUGUGUUCAUCUUUCAGAGCUCCUCAGAAGAAACCCCACCCACUUCAUACGACGCCAUUGUGGUGGAGCAGUGGACCAUUGUCGAUGGUGUAGUGGUAAGGACAGACUACAUUCCUUUGCUCCAGUCUCUGGCUCCCUAUGGAUGGAGACUGACGUGUGUGCUGCCUACUCCCAUCGUUAAGAGCAACAGGUGA